AACUGUCCGCUCAAGGAGUCGUUCCAGUAUGCGAGUGCAAGCAAGGGAUCCGAAAAUCGCCCAUGUCGCAAUGUCCCCGUCUUUUGCAAGCUGUGCAUUCAUCAGAACCGGGAGACAGAUUGGAGGCCAGCAAUCUGGCGAUACAAUAUCGAGGCUCACUUGAACGAGUGGCACCCAGAGUUUGCGCACCCAGGGAAGCCAUAUGGUCUCUCCCUUCCUCGUGACAUGUACGACUCCAUGGUCCUCACUCCUCGUGAAGAGAAGAGGUUAGGGGUUCCU